CGACCGCGCGAAGAAGCGGCUGCUCGCCGACCGUCCGGGUUUCUUUUCGCAGAGAGACGGAAACUUCGCGAAGAGAGGAACUUCUCGCAGAGUUCUUCUGACUGACUACUGAUCUUGCUGUCCGCCGAUCGACGUCACUUACCUAGGGGCGGUAGUCCAACAUCAGGGGUGGAAUUCACGGUAGCGACGCCGACAGGAUACCACCUUGGCUGUUCACCGUUCACCAAUGAACGUGGGGCGUCGCCCUUGUCAAGUAAAACAUCGCGGCAACUGCAGCAGCAGCACCAGAAAGCGACGGCACUGCGACGGCACGUCCACGAAGGAGAACUUCCGACGCGCGAGCACCUGCAGAACGUCCAGCGAUUUAAGCGGCGAUCAUGGGACUCGACUUCCUGGCAGACGGAGGUGCCGACUUCGAGCAUGCAAUCACCGUAACAGGUUUUGGAAGGUUCCAUUACAUGCUGCUGGCCGUCUGCGGCCUGAUUUAUAUGGACACGGCGAUUGGCGUGACGAUACUUUCGUUCGUACUUCCGGCGGCGCAAUGCGACCUGGAGAUGGACUCUACCGCGAAGGGUUGGCUGACCGCUUCUCCGAUGCUAGGUAUGUUGAUUGGAUCGUACAUAUGGGGAUGCCUGGCUGACACAAAGGGUAGGAAAAUCGUUUUGAUAGCUACGCUGCUGAUGGACGGCGUCGUGGGCAUCGUGUCUUCGUUUGUUCAGUACUUCUGGGUGUUCCUGAUCUUCCGGUUCUUCAACGGCUUUGCUGUGACCGGCGCCAUGGGCAUCUGCUUUCCGUAUCUCGGCGAGUUUCAACCCACGAAAUACCGCGAACGCUGUCUCUGCUGGAUGGAGAUGUUCUGGACAGUCGGCGUGAUAGUUUUGCCGCUGAUCGCUUGGCUGAUCAUCCCUAUGGACCUCACUAUCGUGAGCGAGACGUUCUACUUUAAGUCCUGGAAUCUCUUUGUCGCGCUCUGCGCUCUGCCAUCGCUCAUGCUCGGCCUGUGGCUAUUUGCUUUCCCCGAGAGCCCAAAGUUUCUGCUGGAGUGCGGCGAGACCGAUGCCGCCCUCGAGGUGUUCAAGUGGAUUUACUCGAGAAACACCGGCGCCGAUCCAGAAACCUAUCCGGUGAAAUGUUUGCAAGAGAAGGCGAAGGACAAAAGCACCAGAUCGCUGAAGCUGCACAAGCGGAAGGAUCUGAAGGUCCUGUUCGCGGAAAUACGUGAUCUGACAAGCGCGCUCUGCAAGCCGCCCUAUUUGCGCAACACCGUGCUCGCUUGCGCUAUUCAAUUUGGACUCACCAGUAGCUAUUACACACUGAUGGUCUGGUUCCCGGAAUUGUUUACUAGAUUCGAGCAGUUUGAGCACGCGAAUCCCGGCGAGACCACGUCGGUGUGCAUAGUGUCCUCUCUGCCGGACAACACGACCUUCUUCGACCCUUACGGAUGCGAUACGAUAAUCGCGCCCUCCGUUUAUCUGCACACCGUGUACAUCGGCCUCGCGUGUAUUCCCGGCUCAAUCAUCCUACCCCUUUUCGUGCACAAACUGGGCGCAAAGUUCUUCCUGAUCGUGUCGCUGGUGGUUUCCGGCGCGGUGACGGUGGGCUUCUACUACGUGGUGAAUUCGACGCAGAACCUGGUGCUCUCGUGCGUAUUCGAGGCCCUCACGUCCCUCGGAAUCUCUCUAGUCUACUGCGUGAUCGUCGAUAUGUUUCCGACGAAUCUCAGAGUGAUGGCCGCGGCUCUGUCAAUGACCAUGGGGCGUCUAGGUGCUCUGAUCGGCAACCUGGUGUUCGGUUAUCUGAUCGAUUUAGCCUGCGUGAUUCCCAUCAUACUGUUCGCCGCGUUUCUCUUCGCCUGCGGUAUCUUCUCGUUUCUGUUGCCGAGGACGGGGAAGGACACGCUGGAAUAGCAGAGGGAGAAUCUUUCUCGUGUUUUUGCUCGGACGACCUGAGGAAUCUGUGCUUUGGACUACUCUCUCUUUUCUCGCGGUGUUCAUUGUAUUUAUUAAUAAAUUUAUUUGCUAAAAAAGAAA